AUGCCUACAAAAAGUAAGAUAUUUUUUGAGAACAUAGUGGCUAGUGAAGAUGAAGUAUCUAAAUUCAGGCUUCCUAAACCUCGUGAUAACAAUGCUGAAAUUUUGAAAUUGGAGCCUAAAGGAUCAAGUCAUGGUCUAGACAUGUUGACCAAUGAAGUUAUUGAAUUGAGAAAAGAACUUGUAAAGGUGAAUGAAAAUAAAAAAGCACUUGAAGAGAAGAUUGAUUUAGGAUUUAAUCAAAUCAAAGAAUUUGUGGUGAAUUAUAACAAACAAUUAUUGGAGGAUAUUUCUUUGUUGUUUGCUAAGAAUGGUGGUAGCAGCUCUGUUAUCAGAGAAGUCAGGGAACCAUCUAAGAAGCAGGCUGGCGAGACGUUUUCGGGUGGAUUAGAUUUCAAUGGAGCAUUCUCUCCCUAUGUUAAUGCAUCUGUAAAUGAAUCAAGAGGGCACGAUGCUCAUGUUAUGAGAUCAAAUCAAAAUGAAGAAUCUCAAGUGCUUAAAACUUCAGUUAGAUUUGCUGACGUUGAAAAUUUUGAAAGAGUAUCGAGUAAAAUAGAGGAAGAUGUUGCAGGAAUUGCUAUUGAAAAAGUUUUGUCAGAGGUUGUUGCUGAUAUAAAUGUCCAAGAGGUUGCUGAUGUGAAUACAGUUGGGGCGCAACCUUAUGAUGCAACAGAGGAUUGUCAAAAACCUUUGCAUACUCUUGAUGAUUUUAUUUUUCUUGAUGAAGAUCUUUCUCAGAUCAAUAGGACCGAAGAAUCUUAUCUAAAGAAAAGAGCCCCUGUUGAUCAAAACAAAAAGAAAGUGACACCGAAGAAACGUGGCAGAAAGAAAAAUCCAGGAAAGUUAAUAACAUCUCCCUACACACAACAUUUCGAAUCUGGAGGAACUUUAUGUGUAACACGUCAGUUUUUUGAGACAAAACAUCCUUUUUCAUAUGCAACUGGAGGAGAUAAUGAAUCGGAUUUGAUCGAUUCAUUCAUUAAGUGGCUUUAUAUGGGUACAAAGAAGAGGGGAAAGAAACCUUAUACAGAUGCUCUUAAUGUUAUCAGUCUAGCAUUUGAGUUAGGUAUUUGUAAUGUAGCAGAAAGACACUGGUUUUUCAAAUUGGCACAUUCUAGACAAGAAUGGUGUGAUGAGCAUAUUGAUGUCAUUUUCUAUUAUCUAAGAAAGAAAGGGAAAUAUGAAGUCAACAGUAAUGUUCGAUUUACGGCUACUGAUUGUGUGUUCAAGACAAAAAUUACUACUUCUUUCUUUCAACUUUGUGAUGCUCAUGAGAAUAAGAAGAACUAUAAAGUAAAAGAUUCUGAUGAUAUUGCCCGGUAUAUAUAUGUGGAUGUCGUUUGUUGGCAAGCACUUCGUGGGAUAAAGUGGAUUAUAUUCUUUUUUCACUAA